AAAGCCUCGUGGAGAACAACGUCCCAGAGUCAAACCUGUGAGGAGAGAACGCAGAUCCACAAAGCCGGACAAAACAGAUAGCACAGACAGUUGUCACCAUGAGGAUGUUUUCAGCUUCGAUUUUUGUGCUUAUCCUCCCCAUCAUUCGGGCUCAAGUUCCCCACUGGGGUCCGUGUCCAGAGCCAGAAGUUCAGCCCGCCUUCACCCUUAAACAGUUCAUGGGGAGAUGGUUUGAAAUAGCCAAGCUGCCGGCCCAGUUUGAGAAGGGCCGCUGCAUCGAGACCAAUUUCACUCUGACAACAGACAACUCCAUUCGAGUGGUCAGCUCGGAAAUACUAAAAGGAGAAGUGAGGAAGAUCGAAGGGACUGGGGUGAUAGAGGAUCCAAAGAAUCCAGCCAAACUGGGAAUAAGUUAUUCCUAUGUCCUCCCUUACUCCCCUUACUGGAUCCUGUCCACCGACUACGUGAACUUUGCCCUGGUGUACUCCUGCACGGACGUCCUCAGGCUCUUCCACGUGGACUUCGCCUGGGUCCUGGGCCGAACCCGGAGCCUGCCGGACGCCACCGUGGAGAAGGCCAGAGAGACCUUUGCCAACAACAACAUCGAUGUGACUAGGAUGAUCCCCAGCAGGCAGCAGGGCUGUGACAAAACUCUCUGAGGCUGGGGCAGAAAAGCAACACAAGGUGGCGCCUUUGCUGGUAGAAGAAGAGAAAUGAUUGCUGGUUUCUUUCCCUCCUGAUUUCUACAGAGAGGAGUUUUAAUAUUUUAUUGCAGUUGUAAUGAAGAAGGUAAACUCAUCUGAAAAUUUGUGGAAAUGAUUUUUACCUGCAGAUUUAGGCACAUAAUCUGAUGUGAUAAAGCUCUAUGUUCAUCAGGAAAAAUAAUUGCUUAAACAUUUAGCCUUUUCUAAUCAAACACAUCACCUCAUAUGCAAGCCUCAGUUGACUAGUUAAGGUUUCUUAGAAGGAAACAGUGGUACUUUUUAAAAAAUGAAAACACAUGAUACUGACUAAUCUAUUUUUGUUUCAAACUGCAAACCUGAAGGAUCUCAUUAGUCCUAUUAGUCAGUAAAACAUGUGAUCUCUGUUGAUCCAGAGGCACGUUAAACUUGUUUUGUAUUUUAAAGCAUUUUCAGGGGAUUUUUCACCUCAACCAGAUGCCAGUAGUCUUUUUGGUGACUGAUAUAAAACGUUUGUAUUAAACUGCAGGAAAUAUUGCAUAGAUGCCUAAACAGUAAAACAUGCUACUUUGACCAACCUUUAUUCAAAACAUUGCAUAGCAGAGAGUAAAAAUCUUUAGGUUUUGAAAGUAAAAGCCCUGUUUCAAAACAUUUGAAUUUCAGUAUAAAUCGUUAAACUUUUGCUGUCAUUUUGUUGGUAUCAAUUAUGUGCUGAAUGUUUUGCUUUAUUCUGUUUUAUUUACUUUAUUUCAGAGUGUUCAGGCAAGCAAUAUUAGAGCUAAGUGUUUGAUUAGAGACUGUACAAUGCCUUACAAAAGUAUUCAUGCCCCCUUAUUGGGAUUUUUUUUGAAAGACCAAGUAAAAAUCUAUAAACGUCUCUAGAUGUCAGCAUUGCACAUCUUGCUGAAGUAAAGCAUCCCCACAGCAUGAUGCAACCUACACUUUCCACUGUGCGGAAGCUGUGUUCAGAGCAAUGUGCAGAGUUGGUUUCUCCCAUUUAUAGUAUUUUGCUUGGUUGCCAAAAAGUAAAAUUUUGGUCUCAUCUGAUCAGAGAACCUUUUCCACAUGUUUGCUAUGUCCCUGCGUUGCUUUGUAAAACUGUAAAAACAGGUUUUGUGGCUUUUUUAUAACAAUGACUUUCUUCUUGCCACUCUUCUAUAAAAGUUAUAGUUGUGGACUGAAUGACAAAUAGUUAUCCUGCUAACAGAUGCUCCUACCUGAGCUGUGGAUCUCUGCAGCUCCUCUAGAGUUAUGGUCAUCUUGGCUGCUUCUGAUUAAUGGUCUCCUUGCCCAGCCUUUCAGCUUAAGUCAAAGGUCAGUAACCUUUGCAAUGCAAAGAGCUAUUUUUGCCCUCACUCCUCAGUAAAACUUGACUACAGGCCCAGAACCCUCCUUUUAAGAACGGUACCUUUUUCAAUUUUAUUAUUAUUUAUUUUAAAUAUGUUUUUAAUGAUUUUAUGAAGAACCACAAUUUUAUGUCUUUAGAAUUUUUUUUGCGGCACUAGCGGCCUUUAAUUUCCAAAGUAGGCAGACAGGAGGUGGGUUGGGGAGAGGUGGAAGACAUGCCUCCUAGGACAUGAACCCGGGACAGCUGUGUUAAGGACAGGGUCCUCAGUAUAUGGGUCGCAGGCUCUACCACCACAUGCCGCUCCCCACACAAUUUUAUUUGUAUGCUUGGGCUUUAGAAAUAAGGAAAACAUCGAACCUUUAAAAGUAAAAGAGAAUUAAAACAUUACUUCAAUGAAACAUUCUGUAUUGAAAACCAUUUUUAAAAGCACAUAGAUUGGUCAUAAAAUUCUUAAUAAUAAAAUUAAUGAAAGAAAAAUAAUUGUACUGUAGUAUUCAUUUUAAAACUUCUGCAUUGUAAUGCAGAACAUCACCUUAAACUUGCCUUCUUUUUUGACCUCUAUAUUUAAAAACACAGCCCAGUUCUAUGUCAUUUCUGGCCUUUUAAGAGCCACUGUGGAGGGCUCUCCCACUUUCUCCCUGACCUGUCAUCACGAUGCUGAUGGUUGACUAAUGUUCUCUAACAAACCUCAGAGGCAUUCACAUAACAACUGGAUUCACCCUGAGGUUAAAUUACACAUGAGGACUUUAUUUAUUAUACUGUGACAUCUGAAAUUAUUUGGUGGAACUGGAUUUUAUUUAGAGGUAUCAUUCUAAAGGUGGUGAAAACACAUACUUGCCACUCUUUCAGAUGAUUUUUUUUUUUUAUCAAGUAUUACCUUUCUUCCACUUCACAAUUAUACACUUAUUUAUGCUUGUCUAUCACAUAAAAUCUUGUCUAUGCACCAAGGAUUGUGGUUGAAAUAAGACAAAAAGGAGAAAGGUUCAAGGGGCAUAAAUACCUCAUUGGUAUUUCAGUUUCUUUAUACCCCUUUAAUGUACUACAUUCUUAGCAUUUAAUUGCUUGCAGCUCCAGUGAUGUAGAUGAAAAGAAACCCUGGCAAAUAAUACUGGAACAGCAAUUACAUAGGACUCAGAAUGAACAAUAUUCAAACAACAAAUAGUGAUUUUUCCAAUGUUGACUAUGAGAACACCAAUAAAUAUGAUAGUUUGGAAUCAUUGUGUCCUGCUAAGCGGCACAGAUGCACUACUACUUAAAAAUCUAAAAGGUCUUACUUUUAAAACAAUAUUUGUGCUUUUGAGGCUCUAACUGUAUACAGUAACAGAUUUGUAUCAAAAAUGACUGAUAAAUUUUGUAAAAUGUUAUAUUAUCGUUAAAAAAAAAGCUAAGAGUAUUGUGAGAAAACUUUAAGUCUAUAUUGCUCAUCGCUAUGAGGUUUGUGUCAGAUUUCAAUUGGAGUUUGUUGUUAUAAGUUGUAUUAAAGGUUUUGAGUGUUGUAAUACUUCCUGUUUUUUCUUGCUUAUAUCAGCCAUUAAUCAGUUAAAACCAAUUUGUUUUGGUAAGGUUUUCUUUUAUGAUCAAAUUGCUAAACUCUGACAGAAUAUAUGAUGACAUGGGCAUGGUGGUAUGUGCUGAAGCCCUUUUGGAUCCUUCUACAUUCAUUUAGGUGAUUCUUGCUUUUGUUAAAUUCAACAAUCAGCAGAGAACUCUAAUUAAGCGGAUUUCUGUUUGCAACUUAAUUUAAACCAAAAUAUGACUAAUAUAUAUAUAUAUAUAUAUAUAUAUAUUAGCUCACCGGCCUUAAAACACAUACAGGUAAGGCCAAAAUAAUUCAUGCUCAAAGGCAGAUUUGAGUUUAAAGUGUCUGUUUUUACUUUAUCAAUGUGUUUCUUGUUACUGGAAGUAAAGCUAAUGUUCUGACUUGAGAUUAGGGUGAUGAAAAGGAGACCUUUAAACCUCCAAGACUUUAACCUCUGAGGCUCAUCGCCAAAGAUAAAUCCUUAAAAUACAAGUGAAAACAUGCAAAAGACAGAUUGGUUGUAAAAAGAAGGGCUUUAUUGUUGUAAUGCGGAUUUUAGAAAGAUGUAUUUAUUUACUUUGUUUUUAUUGAUACUCCUUGGAGAUUGUUUUCGUUUCUUUUGAUAAAUCCCUGGAUCAUUGCAAGGGAAAGAACCUUGCUUUGCUAACAAUGUUUGUGGUACAUUACCUGCAAUAAGCUGUGCAGUUUUGACAAAAAUUUGACAUUAUUAAAAUUAUAAAAAAAGCUUCAA